AUGUUUGUAAGACAUUUUGAAGCUGAUGCAGGGGCAGUCCCGAGGAACAGUCACUCAAAAGAGAACAUAGAGAGGCUCAGGGGGUUUGCAGAAAAAUCCAUUGUGCGUCAAGCCGCUGGCCUGUUGAACGACUUCAAUCAGCGCCGCUGCAAAAGGUCCGCCUCAUUCGACGCGCUGGAGAUACAUCCAGGGGGCCUCUGGGGCGUUGAAGUCACCUACCAGCAGGAGAUGAGUGAAGUGGUAGUUGGAGGAGAGUUGCCCAAGUAUUUGUAUGAGGAAUUGGCCAUCUUCAGGUGA